UAACUGAAGUAAAUGAGCAGGAAGGUUUACCGACGGAUGUAGCAAGUAUUCUUCCUUUAAUGCUCCAAGCUCAAGAUCUUGUCAGUAAACUCGAAAGUCGAGUAUAUGAACUGGAAAAUGACCUUGAGGUUCAACAUUUGAUUUUUCGUUCUGAAAAUUCAUAUACCAUAAAUGAAGCCCAUGAACAUGAAAGAGAUCAAUUACUCCAAGAAAUUGGUGAAAAAGAUGAAUACAUUCAUAAUUUAAAAACCAAAGCUAGUCGUCUUGAGUUUGGAGCUAGGGAAGCCAUAAUUGAUGAUGACGAUAAUGCUACAGCAGUAGAAUCAAAUGAUUUGGAAGGACAAUUCCUAGAUAGUAUUAAAUUAUGUUUAAAUUAUUUAAAAUGUACCCAAAAUAAUCAACAAGCACCAAAAUACUCCAAAAAAUCGUUAUCACCAGUACGGCGUGAUUCAAAACUUCAACCAUCUAAUGAUGAUGACUAUGAAUCUGAUCACAGGGUUGAACAUGAUCCUCUACCUAAUAACAUUGUACCUAAUCACGAUGUGCAAAAGGAGGAAGUAAACGACGAUUCCAUAGAAAAUGAUAUAAAUAAUAGGCUUACGGUUCAUCAUAAUAGUUCAAGGAGAGAAUCUUUUAGUGGCAGCCAAAUUUCACUGGAUGAUGUGUCCGAUCUUUCCGAAUAUGAUUUAGAUGGUUCAGAAGACAUUGCAGACUAUGAUAUUCCCAUAAGAAGGUCAAUUGACAGUGAUCUAGAAGAAGGGGAGCUAGAACGACGCGAACAAUAUUUAAUCAAAUUUAAUAAUCAUGAAACAAAUACUAUUGACAGUGAUCUAGAAGAAGGGGUGCUAGAACGACGCGAACAAUAUUUAAUCAAAUUUAAUAAUCAUGAAACAAAUACUUUUCAUAACAAAUUUGAAGAAAUCGAAGAUGAAAGUACAGAUGUUGAUCAACAUGUUGAAGAACGUGCAUAUCUUAAACGUGAUCUUUCUGCGUUAGCAUUAUCUCUUGCGGAAGAACAAACUCUUCGAUCUCAAAUUCAAACCAGUAAAGAAAGCUUAGAACAAGAAAUAGAUGACUGGAUAAAUGCUAUGUUUGAGAAAGUUAAUCAAAUGGUGUUUGAUGAAGCCAAUACACGUGAAGAAUUGGAAUGCCUAAACAGAGAGACUAAAGGAAAAAUGGAUAAUUCAUUGAAAUCAUCUGAAAGUAGGCAAGAUCGAUUAAGAGAAAUGAAAUUAUUGUUAGUCCAUUUAGAUUCUACAAAACAGAGACAAACGGCACCAACGCAAAAUGGAGUGCCAUUAAACAGAAAUUCUAUUGUUCGUCGAAGUUUACUGUCCAAUUCUUCUACAAAUAGUCCAAGAGGAAGCAGGGUAUUCGGUUGUAUGUCACCUAAUAUAUUUUCAAGUCAAUUUUCGGGUGAGAUAUCAUUUUCUCGAGGCAGACGUAUUUAUAUUGACAGCAUAGUUUAUGAAGAAUUCCAAGAAUAUGUAAAAUCACUUACAAAUUCUACUACGCCCACAAGUUCUACUCCUACACAUCCAUUCAUGAAACGUUGCAUGAAUGAAGAUAUCCAACCGUGCUUAUUUGAAGGACAUACAGGGUGGAAAUCACCAUUUUAUAAAAGACGUUUGUUAGAUGCUAUUAUGAAAAAUCAAUGCGAAAUUCAAAAAACACAUUAUAAUUAUUCAAGCUCCGUUCGAAGUACACCUAACACCAGCCAAAUUAGCAGUUCAACAUCGAAUACCCGACAGAGCAAUUAUAAUGAACCACCACAAGCACCAAAACAAAAAUGUGGUCUCUGUGGUCAUCUUAGAAGUUGUGAUUUCCGCAUGCGAAUUUUUGGAACGGAUGUUGCAGUACCACCAUCGACAACCACAACUUCAUCAUCACGUUUUUCGAGCAUAGGAAGUGCAGUAUGGAUUCCACUUGAUAGAUUCUGUCGGGAUCGUAUUGUUGCGGUGUGUGAUUUCUAUACCUAUAUUUCACAUUUACGUAAAGGAUUACUUGUCAAUUCACCAGUAUGGGGAAUGUAUAAGCAAUGUCUCAAAUAUCGCAGAAGAAUGAGCAUGGCACGCGUUGGUAGUGUGAGUAUGUUUGAAGAGGAGGAUGCUAUUAUUAAUGAAUGUUUAAACAAUUCUGAAAUGGAAGGAAUGGUCGUACUUGUGAAUUAA